UGCGGGCUGCGAAGUGAUAUUGUAGUCGCGAAAAUGGGUGCGAUAAAGAAGUAUUGUAAGAAAGAAUUCCAAAUUCAAAAAUUCAAAUUUGAAUAUGAUGAUGGAGAGGAUUUUUGCAUCGGUUGCUUUCAACAGAAUCGUUCGUGUCUACCCCUUUUAAUAAUACGGGGUUUAUUAUUUUUAUGUUCCGUGGCUAUAGUGGUAUCAUCGAUAGUGCUAGUGUCAGAAACAGGAAAGGGCGCCUUCUGGCCGAUAUAUUUGACUCAUUGGGGAAUUUUUCUAAUGAUGGUCUCUACUGGUUUUGGAUUUGGGAUUUCACUGCACCGCUAUAUGAAGGGACCUAUUGAUACGUCAUUUGGACUACCUUGGUAUAUAAUUGUAUAUUGGUUGUUAUACAAUGUGGCUGUACCGUUAGCCGUGUUUAUUACUGUCUUCUAUUGGGCAUUUUUGUCCGGAUUAGCAGACUCCGAAGAAGUCGCUGGAUUAGAAUUUGCACCAAACAAAGUGCUGGAUAUCUUCAUUCACGCCAUAAACAGUGUGGUGAUGUUAUUACUACUGCUAACAUCUCGUCAUCCCAUGUACUUACUACACUUCUAUAAUGUGUUUGGCGUUGCUCUGAUCUACAUGUUCUUCAGUAUUAUUUACUGGGCAGCAGGCGGCACUGACCAAUUCGGACACACAUUUAUCUACCCCAUGUUAGACUGGGAGCAGCCGGCUGUGGCGUCAAUAGCUGUAGUAUUUUGUGCUGUUCUUAUCAUUAUAGUUCAUGUAAUCAUUACCUUGUUAACUGUGGCAAGGGAUGCCCUUGGAAAACGAUAUCGAAAUGAUAAUUCUAUAGAUUUUUCGAGUAAUAUGUACAGUUAAGGAGUUAGAAACAGUGUAUUGAAAGCUAAUGCUACAUACUAUAAGAUAAUUUUAGUUAGUGUAUAAACUGUAUGAGAUUUAAACGUUUAUGAAUAAGGUGCUUAUGUCUAUUCUUCGGCUGUAGCGCUGUACGCAACUUAAUAGUGUAAGGGUCAAGAAUUAGCGCAAAUUAUGACUUCCGUAUAUCAAAAAUGUAUUGGUUUUGACAUACUGGAUAGUACCAACUAAAUAACUCAAGACAUUAUACUAUAAUAACGUUUUAUGAAGCUUUGCAAUCCAUAAUUUAUUUUGAAGGCUUUUAACAUAAAAUAUGAACAUUGUAAAUAAGGCGUAACAUUUUAU